GGGGAUCCCAUUUUGCUUGUUCAUGGAUUCGGUGCAAGUGUCAACCAUUUUCGCUACAAUAUCCCGUUGCUUGUGAAAGAAGGGUAUCGCGUGUAUGCCAUUGAUUUGCUUGGAUUCGGUGCAAGCGACAAACCGAAGGAUGAAGCGUAUAGUAUUGAGCUGUUCGUCCAGCUACUCACAGAUUUCAUCCAAGACAAAUAUACAGAAAGCAAGCCAUGGGUAAUCGCCGGCAAUUCAAUCGGGGGACUUUGCUCGCUUAGCGUUGCGGAAAAGAUCCCUCACAUGAUCCAGGCGGUUGUCCUGUUUAACACCUCGAGAGGGAUGUCGGUGUUUCGAUACGAAGACGUGCCCCGGGUCUUCCGACCAGUUCUUCGCUUCUUUCAGAAAGUCGUUUUGGGCCCUAAGAACGGCCCCCGCUUUUUCAAAAACUUCAAAACACGCGAGAAUGUACAAAAGAUUCUGAUAUCCCAGGGAGUGUACAGGGACCCCAAAAACGUGAACGAUGAACUGUUGGAAAUUUUGCUGGGCCCAUCUGAUGAUGAAGGCGCCGAGGAUGUAUUUUUGGCUGUGUUUGCGGGACCUCCCGGACCAUUACCCGAAACAAUUUUACCAAAGCUAUCGUGCCCUAUUCUUGCAGUUUGGGGUGGCAAAGAUCCAUGGGCGCCAGUAUCGGGCGGGCCUUACCUGUCUGGGUCUAUGUUUGGUCAACUAACAAAGGAUUUUACCCUUGAGGUACUCCCGGAAGCUGGUCACUGCCCGCAUGAUGAAUGUCCCGAAGCUGUGCACGAAAAGUUGGUUCCGUUUCUGGACGCAGCA